AUGAGUGAAGAGUCGGGCGAGAGUUAUGUCGAAGAAUUGGGCGAAGAAUCAGAUGAUAGUUAUGUCGAAGCGAAGAGACAUAAGACAAUCAAAUGCGAAUAUAAUGGAUGCUUACGAAAGCAUUUGUCGAGACACACAUCCAAGAGAUUGUUUGCCUGCGAUUUCAUUGGCUGUCAGAUGACAGUGAGUACUGCCGAAGGUCUUCGCCGCCACCGGCGCCGACAUCGAAGCGAACCGAUGUGGAAGUGCUCUACCGAUGGAUGCGUUGAGAUGUUCGUCACUCAACACCAGCGCAACAAACAUCAGACGGCUGUUCACAACCGUAAGCCCGAACCUAAGCGCGCGUAUCGGUGCGAUUGGCCGGGAUGUGAGUGGACGGGCGCCGCCAGAGAUCAGCAUAGACUGCAACACACGGGUGAGAAGCCGUACCCGUGUUUAUGGCCAGAGUGUGGCAAACGGUUCGGUCGUACGGAGUAUUUGAAAUACCACAUGAAUAUACAUAAUAACGUUAAGCCGUAUGUCUGUCAUUGGCCGGGAUGUGCUUACAGUUACGCCCAUUUGGCUAAUCUUCACCAUCACGUCAAACGAUUUCAUACCAAAUAA